AUGUUGGCUGCCCGUGUUCUGUUAUGGUGCCUGUGCUCGCUGGCCGCGCAGGCCUACGCCGCGCGCCCGGCGCGCACCCACCACGUCGUGCCCGCCCGCCACAAACACUCCGAGUUCGUCAAGGGAAAGAUUUGCAUCGGUACAAACGGUCGUAUGUCUGUCCCUUCAAACAGGGACACGCAUUACCGCAACCUGCGCGACAGAUUCACAAACUGCACUUAUGUUGACGGCAAUCUAGAGUUGACUUGGCUACAAAAUGAGACUAUGGACCUCUCAUUUCUCCAACACAUCAGGGAGGUCACCGGUUACGUCCUCAUCUCUCACGUCAAAGUGGGGCAAAUUAUUUUGCCGCAAUUACAAAUUAUACGAGGACGGACUCUUUUCAAAUUGAAAGUUAGAGAAGAAGAAUUCGCGCUUCUUGUUACUAUGUCUUCAGCGUUUACAUUAGAGCUUCCAGCUCUACGUGACAUCUUGCGAGGAAGCGUGGGUAUUUAUAAUAACUAUAAUUUGUGCCACGUGAAGACUAUAAAUUGGGAUGAAAUAAUAACGGGCAUAAAUGCAACAUACGUGUUUGUCUAUACGUUUACUGCACUAGAAAGAGAAUGUCCUCCGUGCCACCCGAGUUGCGAAGCAGGUUGCUGGGGCGAUGGAGCACACAAUUGCCAAAAGUUUUCUAAAACGAACUGUAGCCCACAGUGUGCACAAGGCCGCUGCUUUGGACCCAAUCCAAGGGACUGCUGCAAUACCUUCUGUGCCGGAGGCUGCACGGGACCACUGCCGAGUCAGUGCUUAGCGUGUCGCAACUUCUAUGACGAAGGUACUUGUUCGCAAGAAUGCCCGCCAAUGCAGAAAUAUAACCCUACUACCUAUUCUUGGGAGCCAAAUCCGAGUGGAAAGUAUGCUUAUGGUGCGACUUGUGUGAGAAACUGUCCAGAACAUUUACUUAAAGAUAACGGAGCGUGUGUUAGAAGCUGUCCCCCUAAUAAAACAGCAGUCAAUGGAGAAUGCAUUCCGUGUAAUGUGACGUGUCCAAAAACUUGUCGUGCGGAAAAACCUAUUCACUCUGGAAAUAUCGACAGCUUUAGAGAUUGUACUAUCAUAGACGGGUCAAUAGAAAUACUUGAGAUGACAUUUACUGGUUUCCAGCAAGUCAAUCCAGAUUAUUCAUUUGGAGAGCGCUAUCCGAAGAUGGAUCCUGAUGCUUUAGAAGUCUUCAGCACUGUGCGAGAGGUGACCGGAUAUCUGAACGUUCAAGCACAUCAUCCAAACUUCACCAGCCUCUCUUAUUUUAGAAACUUAGAAGUUAUUGGAGGUCGCCAAGUGGUUGAAAACUUAUUUGCUUCCCUUUAUAUUGUCAAAACAUCUUUAAAAUCUUUAGGCUUAAAGUCGUUAAAAAGAGUCAAUUCAGGUGCAAUAGCAAUUAUGGAAAACCGUCACCUUUGUUUCGCUGAGCACAUUUCUUGGAAUAAACUAGUGAAAUCUAAAGAUCACAAACAGGUUAUACAGAAAAAUGGCGACCAAAGGACAUGUGAAAAGGCAAAUUUGGUAUGUGACGACGAAUGCUCGUCAGAUGGAUGUUGGGGUCCAGGCCCUGAUCAAUGCCUAUCUUGUGAAAAUUACAAGUUUGGAGAAACCUGCAUAAAAAACUGCUCAAAAAUUCCCGGAUUGUACAAAGCAGGCCUGAAGACCUGUGAACAAUGUCAUGCUGAAUGUUUGGACGAAUGUACUGGGCCAACCAGAGCUAACUGCACGAAAUGUAAACACGUACGUGAUGGACCGUAUUGUGUUGCUGAAUGUCCUGGAUCAAGAUACGCGACGGAGAAUGGUACUUGUCAACCAUGUCACCAGAAUUGUUUUAAUGGAUGCACUGGUCCAGCAAACACAGUUGGUGAUGGUGGUUGCAAUUUUUGCAAAAAAGCCAUAAUUAGUGUAGAAGCUACGGUCGAAAGUUGCCUCAAAGAGAACGAACCAUGCCCCGAUGGCUACUACAAUGAAUGGGUUGGUAAUGUCAAACCUCUAGAGGGAAAAGUAAAAGUUGCUUGCCGUAAAUGUCACCCGCUUUGCUAUAAAUGCACUGGAUUUGGGAUACAUGAACAAGUGUGCCAAGUUUGUAACGGAUUUAAGCGAGGGGACCAAUGUGAGGACGAAUGUCCAACAGAUCAUUUUACAGACAAAAUCAAUCGACUUUGUACACCAUGUCAUCAUGAAUGUAAAGGAUGCGUAGGCCCAUCUUCAAUGGAUUGCUUGAAGUGCCAAAAUUUAAAAAUUUUCAUUGGCGAUAUGAACUCUAAAACUUUCAAUUGUACUCCUACCUGUCCAAGUGAAACACCACAUAAAAUAUAUUUUGACGAAUUACUACAAAAUCCUAUUCAAGAACCUUACUGUUCUGCCACAGCUAAUGGUGUUCCCAACAUGUCAACAGCUAAAAUUUCUACUGUUUUAGUAGUUAUUUUAGUAUUAGCAUUUAUACUUCUCAUCAUUCUUGUUAUUAUCGGCUACACAUGCAGACAAAAAGCUAAAGCUAAAAAAGAAGCAGUAAAAAUGACAAUGGUUUUGACAGGAUGUGAAGAUAACGAGCCCUUGAGGCCAACUAACGUCAAACCUAAUCUAGCAAAAUUGAGAAUCGUAAAAGAAGCUGAGCUGAGGCGGGGAGGGAUGCUCGGUUUCGGAGCCUUCGGUAAAGUUUAUAAAGGAGUGUGGGUUCCUGAAGGAGAAAAUGUCAAAAUCCCUGUUGCCAUUAAAGUUUUAAAAGAAGGAACUGGUGCUAGUACUAGCAAGGAGUUUUUAGAAGAAGCCUACAUAAUGGCUAGUGUUGAACAUCCUAAUUUACUCCAACUGCUUGCCGUUUGCAUGACAAAUCAAAUGAUGUUAAUAACACAAUUGAUGCCUCUUGGAUGUUUAUUAGAUUAUGUUAGAACACAUAAAGAGAAAAUUGGGUCCAAAGCAUUUCUCAAUUGGUGUACUCAAAUAGCUCGUGGUAUGGCAUACUUAGAAGAAAAACGUCUAGUCCAUAGAGAUCUAGCCGCUCGUAACGUUCUAGUUCAGACUCCAAAUUGUGUUAAGAUAACUGACUUUGGCCUUGCAAAACUAUUAGACAUCAAUGAAGAUGAGUAUAAAGCUGCUGGAGGUAAAAUGCCUAUAAAAUGGUUGGCUUUGGAAUGCGUUCAGCAUAGAAUAUUUACACAUAAAAGUGAUGUAUGGGCAUUUGGUGUCACUAUUUGGGAAAUAUUAAGUUAUGGAGCGAGACCGUACGCUGAUAUUUCUGCUAGAAACGUACCAGAAUUAAUUGAAAAUGGUCUAAAACUACCUCAGCCUAGUAUUUGCACCCUUGAUAUCUACUGUAUCAUGGUUUCCUGUUGGAUGCUAGAUGCAGAUAGUCGACCCACAUUCAAAGAGCUGGCAGAGAAAUUUGCAGAUAUGGCACGUGAUCCCGGACGUUAUCUGGUAAUUCCUGGAGACAAGUUUAUGCGAUUACCAUCCUAUUCAACUCAGGAUGAAAAGGAACUAAUAAGAAACCUUUCUUCGGCAAUGGAUGGUCCCGAGCCACUUGUAGAAGCCGAUGAAUAUUUACAACCGACACUCAAGUCGAACGUCGGAACGAACACCUCUCCGACGUGCACAGCCGGGGCAGAACCUCAAGCCAAGCCCUGCGCCACGUGGACUAACAACACCACAGGCCAAGAGGGCAUCAUAAUAGAUAAAUCAAAUAGAUCCGAAUCAUGGGAUCGAGAUCUUUUAAGAUAUAACAAUUCCGGAAACCAAGAGAGUUUGGAACUACGUCAUUAUUAUAAUAAUGGAGUAUGCGCCUCUGAAAGCUCGAGUUCAAGGUAUUGUAGUGACCCCAUGAAAGCGCGACCAGAUUGCUUAGAGAAUAUUUCCAAAGUGAAGGAGGCGCAAGUGGGAAAUCUAAAAUUAAACUUGCCACUAGACGAAGAUGACUACUUGAUGCCGUCGCCUCAGCACACCCAAAACGCUUCAGCCUACAUGGACCUCAUAGGCGAAGGCAGCGAGGGGCAGGACGCGAAGGAUCUUCGCUACAGCGGAUUCGUCGCGUCCAAGAGAUGCGUCGACAACCCGGAGUACCUCAUGUCGGAGCAGAGCGCGCCCUCGCAGACGCUCGGCAUCCCGACGCAGCCGGCGCCGGCGGAAGGCGCGCGCGCGGCUGAGGCGGGCGGCCGCCCCGCCGAGGACGAGUCCAUGUCCGACCACGAGUACUACAACGACCUGCAGCGCGAGCUGCAGCCACUGCGGCGCAACGAGACGACCGUG